CAUGAGCGCGGCAGCCCCGAGUCCCGCUGCGGGCGCGGCCCCCGACGCGGCCCCCGACGCGGCCCCCGACGCGGCCCGGGGCCGGGAGGCUGUCGCCUCCGCCUACCAGCGCUUCGAGCCGCGCGCCUACCUCCGCAACAACUACGCGCCCCCCCGGGGGGACCUGAGCAGCCCCGACGGCGUCGGGCCCUGGAAGCUGCGCUGCUUGGCGCAGACCUUCGCUACCGGUGAGGUGUCUGGACGCACCCUCAUCGACAUUGGUUCAGGCCCCACCAUAUACCAGCUGCUCAGCGCCUGCACUCACUUUGAGGACAUCACCAUGACAGAUUUUCUGGAGGUGAACCGCCAGGAGCUGGGGCUCUGGCUGCGGGAGGAACCCGGGGCCUUCGACUGGAGCAUGUACAGCCAGCACGUCUGCCUCAUCGAGGGCAAGGGUGAGUCCUGGCGGGAGAAGGAGCGCCAGCUGCGAGCCAGGGUGAAGCGGGUCUUGCACAUCGAUGUGCACCAGCCCCAGCCCCUGGGUGCUGGGAACCUGGCACCCCUGCCUGCCGAUGCCCUGGUCUCUGCCUUCUGCCUGGAGGCUGUAAGCCCAGACCUUCCCAGCUUCCAGAGGGCUCUGGACCACAUCACCACCCUGCUGAGACCUGGGGGCCACCUCCUCCUCAUCGGGGCCCUGGAGGAGUCAUGGUACCUGGCUGGGGAGGCCAGGCUGGUAGUGGUACCCGUGUGUAAGGAGGAGGUGAUGGAGGCCUUGGUUCGUAGUGGCUACGAGGUGCGGGACCUGCGCACUUACAUCAUGCCUGCCUGCCUUCAGACAGGUGUAGACGACGUCAAGGGCAUCUUCUUCGCCUGGGCCCAGAAGAAGGAGGGGGUGUGAUGGCCCAGGGCACCCAUUGCCGACAGCUAACAUACACACAGAUUCCCUGUUAUGAGAGGUGGCACCUAAUAAAUAAGUUCCUCUUGCUGGGCGUCA